AUGGCUUCCAAGUGCAUAUUUCCUACUAUCAGUGAAGACAUACCGCUCAACACGCCCGUGCGGUACUACCCAAGGGUGGACGACGAGUUCCUUAAAGUAACAAAGACGAAGCUAUCGCUUACGAGAUAUCCCGAAGAGCAAGAUGGCGUAGCAGAAGACGACUGGUCGCAAGGCGCAAAAGUGAAGGAGGUGCGGCGGCUGGCACGCUUCUGGCAAGAUAAGCAUGACUGGAAAGCACAAGAGGACAGGAUCCAACAAAUGUCUGAGCACUUCCUCGUCAGACUCGAUGUCCCCGGCUACGGCAUUCUGGACCUCCACUUCCUGCAUCAGAGAAGCAAGAGCUCGAACGCAAUCCCACUCCUCUUCUGCCACGGCUGGCCCGGCUCCUUCCUCGAAGCUCGCCACGUCCUUACGCCCCUCACAACGCCCUCCCCCCAGCAUCAAGACCUCGCCUUCCACGUUAUCGUGCCCUCCAUCCCCGGCUUCGGCUUCUCUCCCGCCCCCCGCCGGCCCGGUCUCGGUCCCACCAUCCUCGCCCGCGCCUACAAGCAGCUGAUGACCUCCGUGCUGGGCUACACCUCCGGCUUCGCGACCCAAGGCGGCGACUUUGGCGCUUUUGUUAGCCGGAGCAUCGCACUGCAGUAUCCUGAUCUCGUGCUCGCACAGCACCUGAACAUGUUUCCCGUGCCAGCGCCCACGCUUCUGCGGGCCCCGAAAGCCUACCUCCGGUGGUGCCUCUCCUGUUUCCUCUACUCCGACUUCGAAAAAAGUUCCUUGGAAGUACGGACGAACUUCGAGCACGACCAAAGCGGCUACCUCGACGCCCAAAAGACGCGGCCGCAGACACUCGGCUUCGCGCUGGGCGACUCCCCGGUAGGGCUGCUGGCGUGGUUCGUGGAGAAGUUCCAUGACUGGGUUGACGUUAAGGGGAACCGCGCACUAGAGGACGCGGAGAUCAUCGACCUUGUCAUGAUGCACUGGAUCCAGGGCGCGACGCCCGGGCUAAGGUUUUAUCGGGAGGCGUUCUGGGGCGGGAGACGAGAUGCGGAGGAGACGUUUGAGAGGUGGGUGGGGGUGCCGACGGGGGUGAGUAUGUACGCGAGGGAGCAGUUGCAUUGUCCCCGAGAUUGGGCUGCCCAGGUGGCCAACAUUGUGUUCUGGCGUGAACAUGGCGCUGGAGGUCAUUUUUCGAGUCUCGAGCGCCCGGAGCAGUUUGUUGAGGACAUGCGCGCGUUUUUCGAGUGUCCGGCUGUCCAGAAAUCAGUAGAUAGCCAUUUGGGUUGUGCGACAGCUAAGAUGUAG